AUGGUCCGGUUCCCCACCCUAGACCCGGUCGAUCCGGUUCCCUUCCCGGAUGAUCCGGUUCCCCAUCCGGAUGGUCCGGUUGAUCCGGUUCCCGACCCGGUACCCCACCCGGAUGGUCCGGCUGGUCCGACUCCCCGCACGGUCGAUUUGGCACCCCACCCGGACCACCCGGAUGAUCCGGUUCCCCAUCCGGUCGAUCCGGUUCCCGACCCGGGUGAUCCGGUUCCCCGUCCGGAUCACUACCCGUUUGGUCCGGUUUCCCACCCGGUACCGCACCCGGUUGGUCCGGUUGGUCCGCUUCCCCACCCGGACCACCCGGAUCAUCCGGUUCCCCGUCCGGAUGGUCCGGUUGACCCGGCUCCCGACCCGGAACCGCACCGGGUUCCCCACCCGGUUGGUCCGAUUUCCCACCCGGUCGAUUCGGCUCCCCACCCGGACGGUCCGAUUGGUCCGGUUCCCCAACCGGAUGGUCGGGUUGAUCCGGUUCCCGACCCGGUUCCCCACCCGGAUGGUCCGGUUGGUCCGGUUCCCCACCCGGUUGGUCCGAUUUCCCACCCGGUCGAUUCGGCUCCCCACCCGGACGGUCCGAUUGGUCCGGUUCCCCAACCGGAUGGUCGGGUUGAUCCGGUUCCCGACCCGGUUCCCCACCCGGAUGGUCCGGUUGGUCCGGUUCCCCACCCGGUUGGUCCGAUUUCCCACCCGGUCGAUUCGGCUCCCCACCCGGACGGUCCGAUUGGUCCGGUUCCCCAACCGGAUGGUCGGGUUGAUCCGGUUCCCGACCCGGUUCCCCACCCGGAUGGUCCGGUUGGUCCGGUUCCCCACCCGGUUGGUCCGAUUUCCCACCCGGUCGAUUCGGCUCCCCACCCGGACGGUCCGAUUGGUCCGGUUCCCCAACCGGAUGGUCGGGUUGAUCCGGUUCCCGACCCGGUUCCCCACCCGGAUGGUCCGGUUGGUCCGGUUCCCCACCCGGUUGGUCCGAUUUCCCACCCGGUCGAUUCGGCUCCCCACCCGGACGGUCCGAUUGGUCCGGCUCCCCAACCGGAUGGUCGGGUUGAUCCGGUUCCCGACCCGGUUCCCCACCCGGAUGGUCCGGUUGGUCCGGUUCCCCACCCGGAUGACCCGGUCGAUCCGGAUCCCCACCCGGAUGACCCGGAUGGUCCGGUUCCCCGCCCGGUACCCUACCCGGCUGGUCCGUUUCCCCACCCGGUUCCCCAUCGGGCUUGCCCGGCUGAUCCGGUUCCCCACCCGGAUCACCCGGUCGAUCCAAUUCCCCAUACGGAUGACCCGGAUGAUCCGGCUUCUCGUCCGGUUCCCUGUCCGGUUGGUCCGGUUCCCCACCCGGUACCCCAACCGGAUGGUCCGGUUGAUCCGGUUCUCCACCCGGAUGACCCGGAUGAUCCGGUUCCCCAUCCGGAUGACCCGGAUGAUCCGGUUCCCAGUCCGGUUCCUGACCCGGUACCCCACCCGGAUGGUCCGGCCGGGUCCGGUUCCCCACCCGGAUGGUCCGGUCGGUCCGGUUGGUCCGGUUUCCCACCCGGUCGAUCCGGUUCCCCACCCGGAUGA